GGGCAGAACCAGGUCACCUUUCGGCCUGUCUGUCUAAACAAAAACAAGAUUUUACAUGUAGUUUUAUUCCAGAAAGCCAUGAAGCUAUGAGGACUAACUGUGAACGGUUAUGAUGAGGUAUCUUUCAACCAAAUUGCUUUGCUUAACCAUUUUCAUCGAGCUGUGUUGUUCUUCUGACCUGGAUGCAAAUGUGAUCAUCAUUGGUGCAGGAAUGGCUGGAAUUUCUGCUGCACAGCGAUUGCAAGAAGGCGGUAUAAAUGAUAUCCUUAUCUUAGAGGGAAGCGAUAAAGUUGGUGGACGAGUGGCUAGCGUUGAAUUUGGUGGAGUGACAGUUUCUUUAGGUGCUACAUGGAUUCAAGGUAUCGACCCGGCUCAUCCUGAGCUACAUCCGACCUAUCAAAUAGCACAGAGGUGUGGUGGACUGCGAGGUCUCUACCAAAACUAUACAUCCUUAAUAACCUACGACUCUUACGGCAAACAGAAUCAGCAACCAAUGCGAUGGAAAGAGUUUCGUGAGGCGUUAAGCAAGACCGAGAAAACAGGAAAAGAUUUACUACCUGAAGAUAAGUGUUGUGAAAAGAAUGUGAGAGAUGAAUUAAACGCUAGUGGAUGGACACCAGUAACACCUGUUGAUAAAUGGGUGGAUUGGUUUAGUAUCGACUAUUUUCAAGGUUGUACAUCAGAGAAUUUAUCGCUCUGUUUGCUCCCAACGGACUUAACAGACAGUCGUUUUAUUUCUGAUGGAGGAGAAGAAACUGACUACUUUGUGACUGAUCCGAAUGGAUAUGUGAAGAUAAUGAAGUGUAUGGCUGAUGAGAUUGAAGGGAAAAAACAAACUCGAAUGGUUUUCAACGCUGUGGUGACAAAAAUUGAUUGGAGCCGUGAUGAUUAUGUUUGUGUGACGGCUACUGUGAGUGGACAAGCUAAUCAGUUUUGUAGCAAGCAUGCUAUUUCCACAGUGAGUGUUGGAGUGCUUAAGUCUGGAUCAAUACAGUUCAUUCCCGAAUUACCAAAAUGGAAAGGAGAAGUUAUUCAGCGUUUCAAGCUAGGCACAUAUAUUCACAUCAUGUUGGAAUUUUCCGAAGUAUUUUGGACUAAACACGAGCAAAUUGGCUACAUUGAUACAAAGAGAGCCUAUUAUCCACUGUUUCUUAAUCUCAGAGAAAUAUUCCCAGAACGACCCAAAGUAUUAAUUGCUGAAUUAACGGGAGAAAAUGCGAAGAGAGCAGUGUAUCAAGACAAGGCUGUAACGAUCGCUGAAAUUGAGGCAAUUCUCCGCAAAAUGUACCCUACCAGUAACGUAACUGUUGUCAAUUCAAUGAUAUCUGAUUGGAUAGACAAUCCCAUGAUCCGAGGAUCUUUUCUCUAUCUAUCCGUUGAGCAAAACUACAACGACUAUUGGUUGCUCGCUGCACAGGUGGGAAACUUGUACUUCAGUGGAGAAGCCACAUCAGCUGACUUCCCUGGAUAUGUGCAUGGGGCUCAUUUUGCAGGAAUAAGGACAGCAGAGACUAUAAUGAGACUGAAUUAGAUAUAUUUUUAUGGAGUGCAUAUAAUAAAUAAUACACAUCUAUGCUUUUAUGCCCAAAUAUCAUUGUUUUGUUUUGUAAAAAUUCCUUGAGGUUUUGGAUUUCCUG